CUCUUCACAAACAUGAGACUAGUUAUUCUUGAUGAGUAUUUCCAGGCGAGCGAGUGGGCAGCAAAGUACUUAUGUAAUCGUAUCAUCCAGUUCAAUCCUGGGCCGGACAAUUACUUCACUCUCGGAUUGCCCACAGGUUAUACUCUGCAGCACACCAUUGGGAUGCUACAAAAAACUUAUUGAGUACCACAAAAGCGGAGACUUAUCCUUCAAAUAUGUGAAGACUUUCAAUAUGGAUGAAUAUGUAGGAUUGCCCAGGGAUCACCCAGAAAGCUACCAUUCAUACAUGUGGAAUAACUUCUUCAAACAUAUUGAUAUUGACCCCAACAAUGCACACAUCCUGGAUGGGAAUGCAGAGGAUUUGCAGGCCGAAUGUGAUGAGUUUGAGAGGAAGAUCCAGGAAGCUGGUGGCAUUGAACUGUUUGUUGGAGGUAUUGGGCCAGAUGGUCAUAUUGCCUUUAAUGAGCCCGGUUCCAGUCUGGUAUCCAGGACAAGAUUAAAGACUUUGGCAAUGGACACCAUUUUGGCUAAUGCUAAAUAUUUUGAUGGAGAUCUUUCCAAGGUUCCAACAAUGGCGUUGACAGUUGGCGUGGGUACAGUGAUGGAUGCCAAAGAGGUGAUGAUCCUUAUUACAGGGGCACAUAAAGCCUUUGCCUUGUAUAAGGCUAUAGAAGAAGGUAUAAAUCAUAUGUGGACUGUAUCUGCUUUCCAGCAGCAUCCGCGCACUAUAUUUGUCUGCGAUGAAGAUGCUACAUUAGAACUAAGAGUUAAAACGGUCAAAUAUUUUAAAGGUUUAAUGCAUGUACAUAAUAAACUAGUGGAGCCACUGCUCAGCAUGAAGAAGAACUGACACAUCCUAGAAGGGAGUGGAGCUCUCAGACAAGUGGCUAUGCAAUCUGGUCUCCAAAAGUGUCAAAGUACUGUAUUGCCAAGGUCCAGUCUCUGCUUUAGUGAUGUAACAUUCCAUAUCAUGAAAUAUUUCGGGUGUUCGGCUGCACUGAACAUGUUUACGCUCUACAAUGAUUGACCUGCCGAGCGGUGCCUAAGGUCAUCAAAUGUUGCCUUUUA